AUGCGCCGUGUCGCAAGCAAUACCGGUUCCAACCUGAAAGAAGUCACCAAUCUCCAAUGGCCUGCCUUUGAUCGCGAAGUCCUCCACGCCUACCGCCGAGCCUACCGAUUGAGAACACCGACCACCUUUGCCAGCGAACACCACCAAUGGGUUCUCACCCAACCUGGGAGUCUAGGUCUCUACUCGCCGACGAUUGCAAGACGAAAAGAACUCCGAAGACAAACGACGGAUCAGCUGUCGACGGCGGUCAGGAAACACUUUAAUGGUCAAGGGGCGCAAGAAAAUGACAUUAUCGUCGAGUUUCUACACAAGAUCAAGACCCGAAGACCACAAAGGCCUGUGAGGAAGCCCAGAGAGUAUAUACAUUUACCUCCUGAGCUCGAUAAAUAA